AUGGUCGGCUCAAAAGACCUCCCGCCUUCCCACGCCAUUUACCCCGUCAUCUUCUUCAGAAACCAAUUCCUCACAAAAGCCCAAACACUACCCAAGGGGACCGACCUUUCCGAAAAAGUGGCCAUCAUCACAGGCGCGAACACCGGCCUGGGCUUCGAAGCCGCCUCUCAACUCCUCUCCUACAAACUCAGCCACCUGAUCAUUGCCGUCCGGUCUGCCGCCCGAGGAGAUGCAGCAGCCAAAAAGCUCCGGACGCGGCACCCUCAGGCGAACAUCGAGGUGUGGAUCGUCGACAUGGCAUCCUACGAAUCCAUCCAAACCUUUACCCGACGCGUGGAAACCGAUCUGGCCCGACUUGACAUUGUCAUUCUCAAUGCCGGCCUGAACAAUCCUCAAUUCAGGACGAACCCCAGCACAGGCCACGAGGAGAUCAUCCAGAUCAACUACAUCUCGACGAUGCUGUUGGCUGUCCUCUUGCUGCCGUCGCUCAAGAGCAAAUCUCCGCGGGGGACACCAGGCCGACUGACCAUCGUCAACGCGGCGCUCUCUCUGAACUCGAAGCUUCCCACCCUCAAGGAAAGACCGUUCUUGCAGUCCUUGGAUGAUCCCAAGCGCUUUGCCUUCCCCGCUCAGUACUGCAUUUCCAAGACGCUGGCCCAUAUGUUCCUUUGGAAGCUCAUCGACCAUGUCAAUGCAGACGAUGUCAUUGUGAAUCUGGCAGAUCCCGCUUUUGUCAAAACGGAUCUUGCCCGCGGGCUCUCCGGAGGAGCCAAGAUCGGGUAUCAUGUCUUUGGGGCGUUAUGUGGAAGGAGUAUCGCAAUGGGCGCGUCGACGUUUCUGGACGCCGCCGUGGCCAAGGGAAAAGAGUCUCAUGGCGCUUUCAUCAUGAAUUACAAGAUCCAUCCGUUCAACCCGGUACUGUACACACCGGAGGGGAAGGACGCUAUUGAAGCACUCUGGCGAGAGACACUCGAUGAGCUUGCAUUUGCCAAUGUCGGUGGAAUUCUGCAAUCAUUGACUCGAUUCAGGACGCUGGACCGGUGA